GGCCCAAACGUCAUGUUGUGGAGAAAACUGCAAUUCUGUCAUUUUGAUAAUAAUAAAUGAACGAUUGAGAAAGCUAAGCCAGUGCGAAACGACCAGGCAGUGGGAAGCAGAAUACUAAACGCAGCGGCUCGAACGAAAAUACAAAAACACCGUGUCGCGUAAUGGCUGGUCUGGUACAGGACUGCUUCUCCAUCGGCAGCACGGUGGAGUGUACGACCUGCUACAAUGCCAACAUCGAGGGCGAGGUGUUGGCGUUCGACCAGCAAACGAAAAUGCUCAUACUAAAAUGUCCGUCGGCAAGUAAAUCAGCAAAACUGAACGACGUCUACAUCGUCAAUCUGGCAAUGUGCAGCGAUGUGCAGGUGAAAAAGGAAGUCUGCAUAGUUCCGGAGCAGCCACUAUCGCUAAACCUCGAGCGCUUGAGCACCCGCGCCAGGAAUCAGGUGGAACAGAAACGGCUUCAGAUAUCCGCGCUUUCCGCCGGUGUCAGUCCCGAGGGUCAGAACCUUUACAUGGCUAUUGCACGCACGAUCAAACAGGUCACCUGGUCCGGUCCAAACAUUGUGGUGUGCAAAGACGUAACGAUAACACCUCCAUACAAAGUAGACAACGUGAACAGUUCCGACCAGCGGCAGCUGAGCUACGUGAAGAAAAUCGUGGAAAAGCACGAAAACGAUCAAGCCAACAUAAAUCAAAGCACAUCGGCAGCGGACAUACCUGCCAACUGAUUCUCUCCACGCGCCGGAUGGAACGAGAGACACCGUGGGUACGACGACGGAUGUCGCGACGGGCGUGAAUGGUGAUGAUCGGACCCCACCGAACAGCCCCGAGGAGAGAGUUUGUACCGCGUGUGCUGAAUGUGGGUGUGUGUGUUUCGUUUCUUCUUUUUUGUUUGUGGCGCGGUACCAACUACCACACUCUCCCCACGGGGAACGGUGUGCUCCGGUCCAGUGUGUUUGCGGUGAUGAUGGGGAUGGGUGCGGUUGUGGCGAAGGGGGUUUUGGACGGCUAGGCGGAUGGCUGGAUUUGGUUAGGCGGUUAGAGAAGAAUAGAAUGAGUAAAAUCACACGAAAACAACAAACAAAAGGUAAUUUUUCCUAUGCAAUUUA